AUGAGUUUAUGGAAACUUGGUUUGGUGUCUUUAAAGGGCCCAGGCAGGUUUCUUGCCCCGUCAGUGACGAGAGCGGCGGUCUUGGCCUCGAGACAUAUACAAGGACGAGCGCUUUUAAGUGGGAAACAAGCCCGGUUACGGUUUUAUAGCAGUGUCAGUGAUACAGAAAAAUCGAACGAAACGGUGAAGAACGACGGCUUGAAGGGCUCGGUUGGAGCAUCUGCAAGUGGCCAAACUGCCAAUACACCCGUUUCUCAUACGAUAUUAGCGGAAAAGGAGCAGCAAGCGAACCGCGACCUCAGUAAUCCGGCUUCUCAGGCAGAAUUUUAUAAACUGCUUUUGAAAUCAGACUAUCCGCAGUACGUUGUAUCUCGGUUUGAAACACCGGGUAUCGCUUCGUCACCCGAAUGUGUGAGUUUUUACGCCGAAGCGCUACAAAAGACUGGACGUAACGCUGAAGCUCAGGCGUUGAAACAGACUAUGACCGGCGCUGCCGCUAGUGAGGCCGUUGCGUCAGGUGCUAUAAACGCUGCUGAAAAUCCUGCUUUUGCUGGUGCGGCUGGUGCUCCUUAUGCUGGAGCACCAGGUUUAAAUCCCUUCAUGGGUUCGAGAAAAGAACCCUUGCAUGUGGUGGUCACGGAAUCCACACUAACGAUAGUAUCACGAUGGGCUAAAUGGCUUAUUGUAUUUGGGGUUCUUGCGUACGGAUUUUCAGAAGGAUUCCGGUACAUUUCAGAGAACACAACUCUUCUGAAAUCUUCUGAGGUGGCCGACAAAUCUGUUGACGUUGCCAAGACCAAUGUGAAAUUUGACGACGUUCGUGGAUGUGACGAGGCACGCGCAGAACUCGAAGAGAUUGUAGAUUUUUUGAAAGACCCUACCAAAUACGAAUCUUUGGGCGGGAAACUUCCAAAAGGUGUUCUCUUGACCGGGCCACCAGGUACGGGUAAGACCUUGCUUGCGCGUGCUACUGCUGGUGAAGCUGGUGUCGACUUUUUCUUCAUGUCUGGAUCUGAAUUUGACGAGGUCUACGUUGGUGUUGGUGCUAAACGUAUCCGGGAACUGUUCUCUCAAGCGAGGUCUCGCGCCCCGGCUAUAAUUUUCAUCGAUGAACUUGACGCUAUUGGAGGAAAACGUAAUCCAAAGGAUCAAGCAUACGCUAAACAAACUUUGAAUCAACUUUUGGUCGAGCUCGAUGGAUUUUCUCAAACUAGCGGUAUAAUCAUAAUAGGUGCGACCAAUUUUCCAGAGUCUCUUGACAAAGCGUUAACUAGGCCUGGAAGAUUUGACAAAGUCGUUAACGUUGACCUUCCAGACGUUCGUGGAAGAGCCGACAUUUUGAGACAUCAUAUGAAAAAAGUCACACUUGCGUCAGAUGUGGAUCCUACAUUGAUCGCUAGAGGUACUCCUGGUCUCUCCGGUGCCGAACUUAUGAAUUUAGUGAAUCAGGCCGCUGUUUAUGCAUGUCAACAAAAUGCCAUUUCCGUCGAUAUGUCUCAUUUCGAAUGGGCCAAAGACAAAAUCCUGAUGGGUGCAGAACGCAAAACCAUGGUACUAACCGAGGCUGCGAGAAGAGCUACUGCAUUUCACGAAGCCGGUCAUGCCAUCAUGGCAAUGUACACCGCUGGAGCUACGCCGCUGUACAAAGCUACUAUCCUUCCAAGAGGUAGAGCUUUGGGUAUUACGUUUCAACUACCAGAGAUGGACAAAGUCGACAUUACCAAAAAGGAAUGUUUAGCCCGCCUGGAUGUAUGCAUGGGCGGUAAGAUUGCCGAGGAGAUGAUUUACGGGAAGGAAAAUACCACGAGUGGUUGCGGGUCCGAUUUACAGAAUGCCACGAACACUGCUCGGGCCAUGGUAACACAAUAUGGUAUGAGUGACAGCGUUGGGCCUGUCAAUCUUGCCGAUAAAUGGGAGACUUGGUCGGGCAAAAUUCGUGACACGGCCGACAAUGAAGUGAUAGAAAUCUUGAAAGCAUCUGAAGAAAGAACCAGAAAGCUUUUGAAGGCAAGAGGUAAAGAACUUCAACGUUUAGCACAAGGUUUGAUGGAAUACGAAACUUUGGAUUCUUUUGAAAUCGAAAAAGUUUGUAAAGGAGAGAGCCUAUUAAAAGCCAGGAUGGCAACCAAUACGGUGGUAGAAGGGCCCGACAGUGAUGACCGGAAAGAGAUCGGUAAUGACAAUUCUCCAAUUCCGGUUUUGAUCAAUGCAUAA